UAAAGUUAAGAGAAAAAAAUAAAGAUUAAGGUCACAGACUACAGCGAGGUUGUCAUCGAAUUGUGUGAUUUGGCUCGUGUUGAUGUUUACGUUUUAUUCUAUGGUGUUGAUAUGGAGGACGUAGUUUUGGGUGAUGAAACAAAGACGAAGCCUCCUCUAACCAUGAAGAUCGAAGAAUCCAAGGAUUCCAACAUCAAAGGAAAGGACGUCGAACAGCUAAAACGCGCUGAAUUGGAGCCGGACUCGCUUAAAACGCCGUGCUUGAAUCCGCUCGUUUCAACUCAACAAAACAAACCCGUAAAAGGUAUAUUAAAACCUCCGCAGUUAAGUUUAAGCGGCAAUACGCCCAACACCGUGGCCAAUUUGCUGAAACAAGCGAACCUGGACAAAGACGCUGAUGCAAAAAGAUCCAACGGCGAAGUACUCAAAUUUGUGCCUCUCAAGACCAACACCCAAAUAACAAAGAAAACCGAGACGCCCGCGCCCGCGAGCAACGUGCCCGCGUCGGCGUCGACGACGACGUUCGUGUUCGGUCAAAACUUGGAAGAAAGAGUUAUGGCGGCCGAAGCGAAACCCGCAGAAGGACAGUCUUUGGGCGCCAGUUCGAACGGAGUGAGUGAUAUGUUGUUUAGUUCGGCGGUAAAGAACGACGUUGCAAAGGACUGUCCGGCCGAUUCAAGCAAAGCGAAAUCUCUUAGCGACUCGGCCAGGGAGUACGAGGAAAUGCGGGCGUGCAAAAGGAAAUAUGAUGCCGUCGAGGUCAAGACUGGCGAGGAGGAAGAAACUAACGUGUUGAGCUUGUCGUGUAAAUUGUUUUCAUUCGACAAGGAUUCGAGUACUUGGCACGAGCGGGGCAGAGGGACGCUCAGGUUGAACGAUUUCGAGGUGGACGAAAACAUGACUGGCAGCAGGCUCGUGUUCAGGACCACCGGCAGCCUUAGGGUUAUAUUAAAUACCAAGAUUUGGGCGGAAAUGACGAUCGAAAAGGCGAGCGACAAGAGUAUCCGGCUCACCGCUCUCGACUCCAACGGCGAAGUGAAAAUAUUUUUAAUCAUGGCAACUAUCGAAGACGCCAGGCAUUUGUAUGCGCACCUGAAGCCGCGUCUAGAAAAGGAAGUGCUGGCCCAGAAACGUCCGAAAACCAGCUCGGACGAAGGCGAGACGAAAUGAUGGCGUCUUCUUUUCCGGGCGGUUUUUUUUUCGCGACGCUUCUAGCACGUUUCGAGCGACAUGGCAUUUCGUUGUAUAUUUUAUACUUUAACCGACGGGGCGACAACAGUUGAAAUCGUUUUGUAAUUCCACUUGGUUUGUUAUUAUUUAAGCAUCAAAUAAACAAUGUGAUCGGCAACGGGACUUUUCGUUUGCGUUUC